UACGAUUCACGAUUGGCGUUAAACUGUUAUGACAGUGAAACAGCGACAAUUUAAUUUUUUCUGUGAUGGACGAUGUAGAAAUUCCAAUUUUUUACGAUGAUGAAGGUGAUUUUGUGGGACAUGAAUAUUUGCAAGAUGUGGAAUAUGAAUACGAAUAUGAGGAUAUGGAAAUAGAAACUUUAUUUGAAUUAUACCAAUAUUGUCUCCGACCUACUAUUUAUGAUACAAUAUCAUAUAUACUACCACUACUUGUUUCUACUAUAAUAUUUAGAUUAUGUGCAUAUUCUCACCAUGUAUCACAUAGAACUUUUCAUAUGCUAUCAAUGUUGAUUGGUAUAUAUAAUAUUUAUCAUUAUGUGUCAGAAUGUUUAUACACAUUACUAAUACUUUGCAUAAUUUCAUAUAGUACUUUAUAUAUACACAAAAAAUAUUGCAAAUAUUUAGGUAUAUUUUUAUCAUCACUUUUUAUAACAUAUUGUGAAUUUUCUAUGCCAGCUGUAGUAUGGCAUAAAGUACGAAGUGUAGUAAUGACUAUGGCAAUGAAAACAAUUAGUAUAGCAAUAGACAAAGCUGAUACAAAUGAUUUACCUAAUAUUUAUGCCUAUAUGGGAUACAUGUUUUGUAGUGUUACAUGCCUCUUUGGUCCGUGGAUAUCAUUUAAGGAUUACAUGUCAAUACGUUAUAUAAAUAAUCAGGAUAAGUGGUGGAUAUUAUAUACUAUUCAAUAUGCAUUUUUGUCUUUCCUUUUUUUGACUAUUUCAAAUUGUUGGGCACAAUGGAUGAUCAUGGAAACUUCUUGGAAGUGGUUAUUAGCUUAUAGGGAUGCAUUAUCUUUCAGAAUGUCUCAUUAUUUUAUCUCAUACAUUGCAUCCACUUUAUUACUAUUAGGAGGAUUUCCAUUUACAUUAAGUACCAUAGUGAAACCAUUCAAAAUAGAAUUUCCACGUUCACUUGUACAUGUAGUGAUUUGUUGGAAUAUACCAAUGCACUUUUGGCUAAAAACUUAUAUUUUUCGUCCAAGUAUUAAAUACUUAGGAAAGUUUGGAGCUGUAACAAUGACAUAUUUAACAAGUGCCCUUUUACAUGGAUUAAAUUUUCAAUUGGCAGCAGUUUUGCUUAGUCUUGGUUUUUACACCUAUGUAGAAUUUCAACUUAGAUUUAUGCUUGCUAAUAUUUUUGAUGCAUGUAUUGCAUCAAAGCAGUGUACCAAAAAUAAAUGUGUACAUGCAUAUAACACUCACAAUUCAUGGUGGGUGUUUUUAACAAAUAUGAUGUUUUCUGGAUUAUCAAUUUUUCAUUUAGCUUAUUUAGGCCUUAUGUUUGAUACAUCUGAAUUACAAGAAACAGGAUAUAGUUAUGUUCAUACUAUUGAAAAAUGGUCUCAACUUGGAUUUGCUAGCCACUGGGUAGUGUUUGCUACAUAUUGCAUAUAUUUUUUAAUUAGGUAG